CCACCUUCGCUCCACGGUAUCCUAAAGUUAAGCACAGACAUCAAGACUGACCAGCAAAUUCAUCCCAAAAAAAAAAAAAAAAACUGACCAGCAAACAACAAACCGAGCCGCUCCCCCCAUUUCGCCGAUCUCGUUCCUUUUGCCUUCCACUGUUGAACAACACUUCAGAGUUCAGAAGAAGCGCCGAGAAAUGGCGGCGAUUUACAAUCUCUACAUCAUCAACAAAUCCGGCGGCUUGAUUUUCUACAAGGACUACGGGUCGGCUGGAAGGAUGGAUACGAACGAUAGCCUGAGAGUGGCCAGCUUGUGGCAUUCGAUGCACGCCAUCUCACAGCAGUUGUCCCCUGUUCUUGGCUGCGCGGGGAUCGACCUCCUUGAAGCCGAUAAUUUUGAUCUCCAUUGCUUCCAGUCACUUACAGGAACCAAGUUCUUUGUGGUAUGUGAGCCUGGAACGCUGCACAUGGAGAAUCUGUUGAAAUACAUGUAUGAAUUGUAUACAGAUUAUGUGUUGAAGAACCCUUUCUAUGAGAUGGAGAUGCCGAUUAGAUGUGAGCUAUUUGAGAUCAGUCUCUCUCAGGCUAUACAGAAGGAUCGUGUUGCUCUGCUGGGUAGAUAGAUAGAUGAUAGAUUGUGUUGAUCUCAUUCAGCAACUUCUAGCUCUGUAUCACUGUAUGUUUUUCUUUUUCAAGUGAUUGCUUAACGUACUGUGUUCUUGAUCUUAUGCAAUUGGGAUCUGUGUUUUCUUAUACUUUGCAUUGUAUUCCGAGCAACUCUCUAUUUCUUUCCUCGUCUCCUGAAGUGGCAAAUAGAGAAUAUUAAGAAUCGUUCUCUUGUUAUCUAUCUUCCUCUGAAGCCCUCUU